AGAGUUAAAAAAGAAAUCAACAUGGCGGAUGUUUAUACGGAUUCUUCAGAUGAUAAGAGAGAAGACAGUGGAGGACAGAAAGAAUCCUCGGAAACACCUCAGACCAAAGACGGUAGUUCUGGAUCAUUUCAUGGAGUGGUUCCGCCCAACCCAUUUGGGCCACGUCCCAUGCUGAAAUCAGAUGUUGUUUCAAAUUCUUCUCACUCCACAUUUAAUACACACCCAGUGUAUAUAGCUCCUAGUAGACUCAGUUCUAGUUCAGUGUUUUCAAAAUCUCAAACCUCAAGUGGCACAGAUAACAAAGGCAGUGGCCCACACAAGUCCUCUAUUCUUGCUCCAUCUAAACUGGACAUGUUGAACCAGACAGAGAGCUCCAGUCCAUCUAAAUCAUUAUUACGACCUUCACCUCUUUCUUUCUGUGUUCAGAAUCUGAAACAAAAAGAGGGUGAUGUGAAAAACAAAGAGAAAGAAAAUCAAGAGAAGUCGGGCAGCAGUGACCUUGAUCCCAGUGAAGACGGCAAGGUCACUGGUGAUUCAGGAGUUAAAAGUGAAGUGGAAGUUAAAAAAGACAGUGAUAAAGAGACGGAGGCUUCUGGAUUAAGUGACUCUAAUCAACCUACAAAAGCGAAAGCUCGGAAACUGAUAGUUACACAGGAAAAUUAUUUUGCUGCUGCACUUGCCAAAUCAGAUGGACAAGAAUCAGAAUCAUCUCCAAAAGAUGAGGAAAAAUCAGGAGCAUUUAUAUUUGGUCAAAAUUUAAAUGAGCGUGUUACCGGUGUUGCAAAGUCUCCUGAGAAAAAUAAAGAGGAAUUUGUAUUUGGCCAAAAUUUGGAGGAGAGAGUGAUCAAAUCAGAUCCUUCUGGUGAAAACAAAGAAGCAGAUCCAAAUAGUGAAUGUCUUUCUCCUUCAGAUAAAGCUCUAACUCUGGAGGAAUCAGCCCGGGAAUUCCAAGCUAGGACAGAAAAGCAUGUAGAUUACAAAGAGGUGGAUGUUGUCACUGGGGAGGAGGGAGAAUCUAAUGUCUUGCAGGCCACAGGGAAGUUGUUUGUGUUUGAAUCCCAUGGUCAGAACUGGGUGGAACGUGGCAGGGGCCUGCUGAGGUUGAAUGAUCUGAUAUCACCUUCCCCCACAGAGUUCCAGUCAAGACUGGUGAUGAGAACUCAUGGUAGCCUUAGAGUUAUACUAAAUACCAAGAUAUGGCCAGGCAUGACAAUAGAAAGAGCUAGUAACAAGAGUGUCAGAAUCACAGCUACAGAUGGAGCUGAAGGCAUCAAGGUGUUCCUUAUAAUGACAAGCCCCAAGGAUUCAGAGAACAUCCUGAGAGCGGUAGACUGGCGAAUACAACAACAACGUGUAAGAGAGGAUGCAGAUACACCCCAGUCAGAAAAACGCAAAGUUGAUCAUGACGAGUCCUCAAAUGAAGGCAUGACAAAGAAGCACAGGCCAGAUGACAGUUCCUUGACAGCAGGAAGUUUGAAGAGAGAGGAGUCAGAUGGGAGCGUUAUUGGACCAGAGACAGAUGCCUCAUCAACUAGUUCAACAUCAUCCUUGACCCUGAGAUCGGAAUCAGACUGAGCAGCGAGUAACUGGAGAUGUCGGAAUGCAGGGGAAUUCACCGGAUGUUUCAUGGAGGUCUAUAGACUGCUGAGAUCAUGAAUUAUGCUUGACUCUAUCUGUGCAAUGUGUACAUAAAGUGUUAAUUAAAUAGAGACUGUCUCACCACAGAUCAAGCAAAGGUUCUCUUGGUGCAUUAAAAGAUGAAAUAAAUCUGCAGAGGAGUAGCUUUAAAAAUAUUCAAUGUCAGUUUCAAGUUGAAAUCUUGUAUUAGGAAAAAAAAAUUCAUAUUUUUAACAGAAAAUAUCCAGCAAUCCUUGAUGUUGAAAUAAUAUGAGAUGGAUAUGAUUAAACAGUAUAUAUGUAUAUUUCUCUCAAAAACACCUAAGUACAUCAUAUGAAUAACAUUUACUGUUCAAUAAAUGACCAUAGGUGGAUUAAAGUUCCCAUUUCAUAAGAUAAAAACACAUGCUAUAGUUUUGUGAGCUGUGUCCCUAGUACUUCCUGCUGCACACCUUGGCAGUAUUGUGCUAUUUUGUAUAUUCAAUGUAAUGGUGCAUUAGUUAAAACUAAUAUUUAUUAACAUAAUAUUUAUGUUAUAUGAGAUUCCCAAUUUUCAUGCGACUUGCAAAUAGAAAUUGUGAUUCACAUUUCAUUUUUGAAAUCAAUUUUUUUGUUCAAACAUUUCUUAACAGUACUUGUUUCAGCACAGAAUUCUGUGGCAGUAGAAGCAUGUUUUGAAGUUACUCCAUCAACAUUUCUCAUAUAAAUAUGUUUUAGAAAAAUACAUGAACAACUUAGGGCAUGUGCAAAUUCAUUUAGAGAUAACAACAUAAUCUAUCAUGCUUUGAAUGAAACAAUUGACAGUUGUGUAAUAAAGAAUUAUAAAAAAAAAAA